GGGCGGUCUGUGAUGGAGAUCCGACAAGGCGACCUCCUCCGGUCAAGCCGCGCACGGGAGCUCCUCCUUGGGCGGUGCGAUCUAACCGCGCAUGUUUUUUUUUUCCUUUAAUCCUUCUCCCCGGGGCAUCUCGCCCUUUCCCGUCCGCCGUUCUCCUCGUCGGCGUUGCUUUGCCGCCGGCAACACCCACGGCCUCCCUCUGGGCUUCCUACCGGAAAAUUGAACACAGGAAAGAAGGGGAAGCCGCGGGAUCUAAUUUUUCUUGGAAGGUGGAGGAAAAGAAGAAGAAGGGGGAAGCAGGAGGCGUACGAUGGCGUUGAGGCGGAGUGUGACCAGACUCGUCGGCGAUCUCAAUCUCCUCCCAUCCCUUCUUCCUCGGGGUGCUGCUCUUCUCCAUUCCCACGCCACCAGCUUCGGGUUCAAAGAAGUGCCAGAAGAAGAAAAAAGUAAAUUGGUUGGUAAUGUCUUCACUAGCGUUUCUUCGAACUAUGAUCUCAUGAAUGAUAUGAUGAGUGCUGGAUUGCAUAGGCUGUGGAAAGAUAGGUUGGGCCGUUUGAAAUUAACCCGUGCAUCUCUCCAACCAAAUACGCCAUGGUUGAUCCUGAUUCUUCUCUUUGUUAAUGUUUUUUCCAGGUUGGUUUCAAAAUUGCAUCCUUUUCCAGGAAUGAAACAUCUUGAUGUGGCCGGGGGAACAGGUGAUGUAGCAUUUCGUGUUUUAGAAAGUAUAAAUAGUGUCAGCCGCAGGGCCAUGCAGCAUGGUCUAGCUGAGACGGAAGAAGAAACACAAAUAUACAUAUGCGACAUUAACCCAAAUAUGUUGAAUGUUGGCAAGAAGCGUGCUAUUGAAAGAGGGCUGGGUGAAAAUCACUGCCUUCAUUGGAUAGAGGGUGAUGCAGAAGCUUUGAGUUUUGAUGAUGGAUCAAUGGAUGGUUACACUAUUGCUUUUGGGAUCAGAAAUGUCACGCGCAUUGAGAAAGCUCUCGCAGAGGCUUACAGGGUUCUAAAACGAGGAGGCAGGUUCCUUUGUCUGGAGUUGAGUCAUGUAGAACUUCCGAUCUUCAAGCAACUCUAUGAUUAUUACUCAUUUUCAGUCAUUCCAGCGAUGGGAGAGCUAGUAGCCGGUGACCGAGAAUCAUACAAAUACUUGGUUGAGAGUAUCCGCCGGUUCCCUAACCAGGAGGCGUUUGCUCGCAUGAUUGUUGACACAGGCUUCCAGAAAGUAGAAUAUGAAAACCUUGUUGGGGGUGUAGUUGCCAUUCACUCUGGACUGAAAUUGUAGGGAGAUUCAUUUAAUCUUGUGAUGAUUCUCAAUCUUCAGAGUUCAGUGGCCAGUUGGGUUCUAACCAAAGAACUGGACAUCCGUGCAGACGUGUUAAUGGCAACCUAUCAGUAGAAUUUAUUCUAUUGGCAUCUUAAUUUAUAAUUUAUUUUGGUGUUCCAGUAGAUAAAGCAAGUUUUGUAUUGAUGAUUAAUAUAAAUUUUGUGCUUAGAAAUCUUUCGAUUUAUUGUGAUUUUUUUAGUGAUUAUACAAAGCAUAUAUUAAAUAAUUUAUAAUUAGUUGUUGGUA